UGCACCAAACUCAUUAUAUUUCCAACAGAAGCAGCAGCACCCACCGACUGGACUUUUAAUCCUAAAUCUCGGACUGCAUCUUUAAUGCCCCUGGAUGCGCCUGGCGGCUGUGUUUGUCCAGUUGGUGUGUAGGUGGAGCACAGAAGGAAACCGAGCCGCAGCUCACACGGACACGCGCUUUUCCUGUUCCUGGACGCGGGGGGAACCGGGUGAAGUUACCUAUCACUUCCUAAUCAGUUUGGGAAAGUUAAUCGUAGACAGUCGAUACAGUCCGAUGGUGUGUAGGAAGAUUUCCCGAUGAUUGAAGUGUCCAUACCUUCGAUGGAGAGGGAGGUGGAUGAUUCUGGAAAGUCAAAAAAGCUUUUCAGAGUUGAAGUCUUGUUUAACGGGAGGAAACAUUUUGUGCUCAGAAGAAGCAGCGAAUUCCAGACUCUCCACAGAAAACUCAGGAAGAUCAUCCACCCUCCAGAUUUUCCCAGCAAAAGACAGACCCAUCUGAGGACCAAACCUCUGGAGCAGAGGAGGCAGGAGCUGGAAGUCUACAUGCAGGACAUCAUCUAUCAAAAUGAAGACGUGCCGCAGGUGCUGCUGGACUUCCUCCAUGUUAAACACUUUCACACGGGGAACAAGAUCAGCAGCAUGGAAUCACUUGAUGAAUUGGACAGUCAGGAUUACAGUUAUCAGCUGUCACAUCAGCGAGUGUUGGGAUUUUUUCAGGAUCCUUAUCUCUCUGACUGCACAUCAGGUCUUCCAGAUGUUGUUGUGGAUGGAGUUCUUCAGGGUUUUUACCCCAGGGACGUCCGGGUCAGCUUCACCGACCCUACUCUCACCGAGCCCAACCUCACCGUUUCUAUAGAAAGCCUGAAAUUAUAGUUUGUAAGAUUUUAUGUUUUAAAGUAGAAUAUACAUUGAAAUACACAAUGACAGCAAUAAAGGAAACGAAAGCAUAAACCUGCAUGAUGCAGAAGAAAAACAGCCUUAAAUAGGUCACAUGGAGGUGCUUUUGUCCAAAGUCAGCAGCCCCGGUGGGAUUUAAACCCAAAACCCAGGCAUUGUCAUUCUGAUACUCCUCCUGCUGUGUUAAACAUACAGCCCUUUUAAAAUCGAAAAGUCAUCUUGAAACUAGUUUUGUGUUUUUAGUCAUGAAGAUGAGUGUUAAUUUAAGGAGCAUACAAUAUUUGGCCACAGGCAAACAUGUAUUUUAUUCAUUUUAGUGAUACUGUAGCUCAGUUAAAUUUUAGAAAUGAUAAUGUGGAAAAUGACUUGAAACUUGACUUGGGUUUAGUUUUUUAAAGAUAUUCUUAUAUUGUUUCACAUACUAGAGAAUUCAGCCAAAACAUUAUUGAAGUGACAGUUUCUUACAUACAUUGAUAGUAAUUCGUGUUGUCGAAUACAAUCAGCCCCCAGCAAAGUACUGCUGUGAAGGCUAUUGUACGUAUUGAAGCAAUUUUUAAGAGUAAUCAUGGUUUUGUAGUUGGCAUAAAUGUUCUUAUAUAUCACUGUUAAAUAUUGAAAGUAUAAUAAAGGAUCGGACAUGA